UCAAAAUGGCGUCUUCUAUUGCGGCAAGGGGACACUGUUAUGUUGCACAGAUGCAGUUUGUGUCAAGACGAGCUGCCAAUUAUGCCAAUCCGAACUGGCUGUGUUCAUCCCAGAGAACCCUGUACACCACUGUUCCUCUACAGCGGGAACUUUACUGGAAUGAAAAGUCGGAUCCAAAAGAAUCUAAAUUUGACAAAGUCCUCAUUGCAAACCGAGGUGAGAUAGCAUGUCGAGUUAUCCACACCUGUAGACGUCUCGGUAUCAAGACAGUUGCCGUCCACAGUGAUGUCGACUCCUUGGCCGUCCACACGAGAAUGGCGGAUGAAGCAGUGUGCAUCGGUCCAGCACCCACCAGCAAGAGUUACCUCAACAUGGACGUCAUCCUGCAGGCUGUGAAGGACACUGGUGCCCAGGCUGUUCAUCCUGGGUAUGGCUUUCUGUCGGAAAAUACAGUGUUUGCUGCUAGACUGGCUGAGAUCGGUGUUGAGUUUGUUGGGCCGAACAGCGAGGCCAUUCAUGCAAUGGGUGAUAAGAUUGAAAGUAAACGGAUCGCAGCGAAGGCCGGGGUCAACAUGAUUCCUGGUCACGAUGGCGUGGUGAAGGACGCAGAUCACUGUGUCACUCUCGCCAAUGAAAUUGGCUACCCUGUCAUGAUAAAGGCGUCGGCCGGCGGUGGGGGCAAGGGCAUGAGAGUGGCCUGGAACGAUGAAGAGACCAGGCAAGCUUUCCGAUUGUCGACACAGGAAGCUCAGUCCAGCUUUGGUGACGACAGGAUGUUGAUCGAGAAGUUCAUUGAUAACCCAAGACAUAUCGAAGUGCAGGUGUUGUGUGAUCGUCAUGGAAACGCACUGUGGUUAAAUGAAAGAGAGUGCUCAAUCCAGAGAAGAAACCAGAAAGUUAUUGAAGAGGCUCCAAGCACAUUCCUUGACCAAUCCAUGAGGAAAGCCAUGGGAGAACAGGCAGUAGCUCUGUCCAAACAGGUCGGCUACACAUCAGCAGGAACUGUUGAAUUCUUGGUUGAUUCUGCACGGAACUUCUAUUUCCUUGAGAUGAACACGCGACUCCAAGUUGAACACCCAAUCACAGAAUGCAUUACAGGCAUUGACAUUGUACAUCAGAUGAUGCGGGUUGCAAAGGGUCAUAAGCUGAAUCACGCCCAGGCUGACAUACCAGUAGAUGGAUGGGCCUUUGAAUGUAGAGUCUAUGCUGAGGAUCCAUUUAAGAAUUUUGGAAUGCCGUCUAUUGGUAGAUUGUCGAGAUACGUUGAACCUCAACAUAUACCUGACGUUCGCUGUGACAGUGGUGUGAUGGAGGGCAGCGACAUCAGCAUCUAUUAUGACCCGAUGAUCUGCAAGCUGGUGACAUAUGGACCAACCAGAAAUGAAGCACUCAGCACAAUGAUAAAAGCCCUGGAUUCCUAUGUGAUAAAAGGUGUGACCCACAACAUCCCCCUGCUGCGCGACAUCUUGACGGAGAGCAGGUUCAUCAAGGGUGACAUCAGCACCAACUACCUCCCCCACGUGUACCCGGAUGGAUUCCAAGGAAAGCAGCUGAGUUCUGGAGAAAGGAACGAGCUUGUAGCCUUGGCAGCAGUUGUUUAUGCUCAAGAUAAAAUUCGUACCCGCAACUUUAAGAACCAGACAAGGAUUCCAAAUGUACGUCAUAAAGGUAGCAAAUGGAAUGUCAAUGUUCAGCUAGGUGGUACAUCGCACCCGACCAGCAUCCGCCAGAUACAAGAUGGCAGCUUCACCGUGGAGACCGGGGACCAGACGUUGACUGUCUCUGGCGACAUCUCCUUCUCCUCCCCCCUCAUUGAGACCACCAUCAACGGGGAGGAGAGGAUCAUUCAGUUGACCAACCGGGACGGAGCGGGGAACUACAAGCUGAGGUUCUACGGGACUGUGUUCCUAGUCUCUGUCCUCGACGACCUGGCGUCUGACCUGACCCAGUUCAUGCCUGAGAAGAAGGAGGUCGACAUCAGCUCCGUCAUCCUGGCGCCGAUGCCCGGUGUCCUCAAGUCUGUGUCCGUUAAAGAUGGAGACAUGGUGGCCGAGGGGCAGGAAGUGUGCGUGCUGGAGGCCAUGAAGAUGCAGAACAGUCUUGUUGCUGCCAAGGUCGCAAAGGUGAAGAAGGUCCACUUCAAGGCAGGCGACACAGUCAAUGAAGAAGAUGUUAUUAUUGAACUGGAGUGAUUGGAACAAUUAGUUGCCAUAGAAACAUAUGAUAUGGCCAUCCCUCUAGCUGGAAUGGAACGGUCUGAGAAAGACAGCAGAGCUGGUCUAUUUGUUUGUGAUAGGGGUGCCCGUGUGUUUGUGACUUGGAU